UCAUGGGGGUUGCCGAGCAACCAUAGAUCGUGUGGGUGACGAGUACCUGAGCGCCUUAAAAAGCUAUUCCGCGUGUAAAAUAGCGAGAGCCUCUAAGUCAAGAUGAAACGUCCCGCUCAGAUGCGCAAGAAGGAUAAGCAAAAAGGAAAGACAAAUGUCAAAGAGGCCCCAUUGCCGGAGCUGGAGGAGGAAGUUGUUAACACCACUCAAGUCAAUCGGCCCCUUUGGACAGACAUGUUGAGCCAUGCAGAUGAAAUAGUGGGGGAUAUAAUGGACGAACUGCAAGGCCAAAUCAUGGAUGGCUGUUAUAAAGCAUAUAUUGAAAAACAGCUUGUACCAUACAGCGUGUCCUGGGUCAAGAACUACCUCACUAAGACUGUGGAGUGCCAAGUCUUGUGCCUGGACCAAGGAGAGGAACCAGAAGAAUUAGCUUCAACAGAAGACCUUGAGCCUGUGACUGCUAUUCCAGAUUGUUGGGCCCAAGGAUGUGUGCCUACAAUCAAUAUUGAGGUUGGUAGUGACCAAGAAUCAUCAGACUCAAGUUUCCGAAGGCGAUCGAGGCGUUCUUCCUGGGCUUUCUGGGCUUUAAAGCAUGAUGAAAUUGAAGAAAAGCACAAGAAGGAUGAAAGUGACCUCUCAUCUACUGUUUCUAGUACUGGUCCCCCAGCAAGAAGUGACAGAAAGAAGAUCCUUCCGGUGAAAAAGCCCCCCAAAGCUACUAGAAGAAAAGUCCCAGUAUCUUUGCCACCUCUGCCACCUUUGUCAGAGAAAAAGAAUGUGGAGGUGGAAGUAGAGGUAGAAGGUGGAGACAAAGACAGCGUUGCUAGCCAGACCACACUGGUAUAUCACCGCAAAGACCUCCACCCAAUACCAAAGCUGGAUCCUAAACGAUUGCCUCAACAUUGCAUUUCCCCAGAGUAUGAGAUUGUCGAUGACUUCGCCAGACAUAGAAGACCUUGUGGAUUACCCAGACUGGAGCCAACACUGACUAAGCAGAAAUCUAAAAGGGUGGAGACAUCGUCAAAAACCAUAUCCAAAGAAUCACCAGAAAGGCUUCAGAAAAAAAUCGACGACAGCAUCCAUCUGCAUAAGCAGGACAAGGAACGGCAUGCGCUCUUUGGCCCACUGAGGCUCGACACGAUGAUUUUGGCCAAAGGGGUUUCUCUCUCGGAUUCUCAAGCUGCUAAAAGUAUUCCUCCCAAAAUGAGCUAUCCUUCGCAGGCUACCAAUCUGAAGCCGAUACCGAGUGACGUCGCUGUGCCGAUUUAUUCAGCCGACCAGGUUGCUGCUGCCUCGACACCUCGAGUCACACCAAUAAUGCAGACCAAGAACGGUGACAGCUGAUUGAAAGAGUUAACAUGACUGUCACUGCUUAAGGAGAAAGAUAAUCUAGAUCUUAAUGACAAGAUGAAAAAAAAACUCAAUGUUAUACAAGCAAGUUAUAUUUUGUCCUUUAUGAGAAAAUAGUGAUAAAAGUUUAUUUUGUUUUUAAGUCAUACAUUCCUACAUGUAAUCAGAAUUUUCUGUUUCACUGGCAAUGUUUUAAAAGAUUUUCUCGAU